GUUUCACAGCCAACAACAACUUUGUCCUGUCGUUUUGACUUUGACUACGAAAAUCGUUUGCAUCAUCGUUUGUGUAUUUUCUGCGGUCAUAAACACCAUCUUAUUUUCCUCCAAAUGUUUAGUGAGGGCAUCCAGGCCGCCGAAGGUAACAACACUACGAUAUGUCCUUGUUGCGACAACCCUUGGGCGCGUGCAACUGGCGAUUUGUUCGCCAAACUCUGUGGUGACUGUGAGAAAACAUCGGGAUUAGCUAGUGCCAACCCCCAGUUUGGCUUGAGCCGUGAUAAUAUUGAUGAAUCGAUCGAUAAGAAAAUGAAUUUUUAUUUAUGGGCAAAUGGAUCUUGGAUGAAGAACAACCCCAUUCCAGCCGGAUAUCCCUCUUGGAAUACCUUCCUCUCUUUGCACGUGAAAUCGCAAGAGCAAUGCAAAGCUAUUUUGGAAACUUUGACCAGCAAGACAGAUACCACGGAAGAAGAACGCAAGGUUGCUGCCUUUUAUGCUGCUGCCAUGAAUGAAAAUGCUAUCGAACAAGCCGGAAUGAAGCCGUUGGCCCCGUUGUUUGAUCUCAUUAAAACCAUCGUUACGGCCUAUACGGAAAAGAGAAUGGAGGAAUACGCAAAGUUGUUGGGAAACUUAGCUUCAAAGUACGGUGUCUACGCCUUUUUCAGCACGGGUGCGAGUCCCGAUUAUAAAAACUCGGACCAUUCCCUGCUGCAAGUCUCGCAAGGUGGCUUGGGAUUGCCCGAUCGCGACUACUAUUUGGACGACGAUAAGGAGGAGAAGCGCCAUUUCUACAUCUCUCACAUAGCAAAAAUGCUUACGCUUUUAAACGAUCCUGAUGCCGCAGAAUCCACCGAGACUGCCACAGGUCUAGCCAAGAAAGUCUUUGCCGUAGAGACUUUGCUGGCAGGAUCACACAUGACAAAGACGGAAAAUCGCGAUCCGGUCGCUGUUUAUAAUAUGAUGCCCAUGUCUGGACUUGAUAAUCUUGGAAAGGAGGUUUUUUCGUUCGCAUCCUACUUUAUUGGGUCGACGGGGAAAUCCACCGAGUCGCUAGGUAACUUGAACGUACGCAACAUGAGCGCUGUGAAAAAGGUUGCUGAUGUAGCAUCGACGAUCGAUCCCGAAACAUUGCUUGCCUACUUACAGUGGCAUGCGUUGCAUGCAUACGCACCGUUCCUUUCGAAAGUGUUUGUCCAAGAGAACUUUGACUUUUGCGAGACUCAACUUUCGGGCACAAAGGAAAUGAAACCUCGUUGGAAAAGGGCAAUGGCUUUUACAGAGUCGGCGUUGGGUGAAGCAGUGGGAAAGCUGUAUUGUAAGGAACACUUUGACGAGUCGUGCAAGGAGAGGGCAAUGAAAAUUGUUGAAUUAGUGCGUGCUGCUCUAGAAGAACGGCUGCAGGAAGUUGAUUGGAUUCAGUCCGAGUCUACACGCAGUGAAGCCUUAAAGAAAAUGUCACGAUUCCGCAUCAAAAUUGGUUACCCAAACAAAUGGCUGGACUAUUCUAAACUUGUAUUUUCGGAGAAAGAUUCGUUUUUGGAUAUGGUUGCCAAAGCAAAAGGCUUUGCUCAUUCUGAGCAAGUCAUAGAGAUGAAUGCACCUACUGACCGCGAAAAAUGGGUGAGUGCGCACCGAAUGAAAACAGUUUUCCGAGUCAAUGUUGACAUUGCUUUUGGCGAGCUGUCCUUAUCAAGUGUCUUUCCCCCCUUGCAGUUCAUGACGCCUCAAACGGUCAAUGCUUACUACCACCCAAGUUUAAACGAAAUCGUAUUUCCAGCGGCAAUCCUGCAGCACCCAUUCUUCGACAUGGAUGCUGAUGACGCCAUCAACUUUGGGGCUAUGGGAGCUGUGGUUGGCCACGAAAUGACGCAUGGGUUCGAUGACAAGGGGCGCAAGUUCAACUUCGCUGGGGUCCUGCACGAUUGGUGGACAGAGAAUGACGCUGAAGAGUAUGAGAAGCGCGUCGAAGUCAUGGUGGAACAAGCCAACAACUUUGAAGUAUACGGUAAGAAUGUGCAAGGAAAGCUCACAAGCGGUGAAAAUAUUGCCGAUCUCGGAGGGCUGCGUCUUGCGUACCGGGCUUUAAAAUCCACAGACUCUUUCGACGAUACCAAGUUAAUCGACGGUUUCACGCAAACUCAACGAUUCUUCAUGUCCUGGGCUCAGUGCUGGCGUCAAAAUAUUGAGAAAGAGCGUUCGCUGCAGCUUUUGACGCUCGAUCCACACGGUCCAAACGAGAUGCGCUGCAACUGUCCUUUGUCGAACCUUCCAGAAUUCCACAAUGCGUUUGACAUUUCCUCUGGACCAAUGUUCAAGUCUUCGGGGACCCGAGUGGACAUUUGGUGAUUAAGCUUGGAAAGCGCUGCUUCUCUAUAUAUGUGCUUUUUAAUGACAGACAGUGUCAAGACUAGCAGAAGUACAUAAACUGAGGGGGAGGGGUCUCGAGAGUAGUACUUAUGUUCCUGG